GGAAACGCGCCGCGGGGCUGUUAGCUCUGCCGGGCACUGGCGGCUCCGUGGCGCUUCCUGCCACGCCAGGCCUGCCUGGGCCGCGCCAGCGCUGCUCCACCGAGGGCCGCGCGUCGGCCGCCGCCGGGCCUGGGUGGGACCUUACCUGCCAGGCUGAUCCGUUGGAGUAGUUCUGAGCCAUGAUGAGUCAUCCGUGUGUGUCUCUUUUGGGCGUUCCUGUUUUGAAUCCUGCCUUGGUCCCUCACCUGGCACAAGGACAAGUGCUGUUGGUAUCAGACCCAUCGCCCAACACUGAUCCAGCUAAGUACUCUGAAAACACCUCUGCGACCCGACACCAGACGAUGGGGGAAGACGCCCAGCCACAGGAGAUGGCGUCCACAAGCUCCCCAAGGGCCAGUGGCCCCAGUCCUGAAUUCAGACAGCAUGGGGACUCUGACAGGAAGAGAGGGAGCCCACAGAAUCUGCCCAUAGAACAUCAUUUUGCUUGUAAAGAGUGUGGGGACACCUUUCGGCUUAAAGUCCUGCUUGUCCAGCACCAGAGAGUCCACAGUGAGGAGAAGGGCUGGGAAUGUGGCGAUUGCGGGAAGGUCUUCAGGGGGGUGGCGGAGUUUAAUGAGCACAGGAAAAGCCAUGUAGCUGCGGAACCCCGGCCCGGCCCCAGUAGGGCCCUGGAGAAUGCCGCGGAGAAGAGGGAGCAGACGGAGAGGGAGGGAAAGCCCUUCGAGUGCGAGGAGUGUGGAAAACGGUUUAAGAAGAAUGCAGGCCUCAGUCAACAUCUGAGGGUCCACAGCAGAGAGAAGCCCUUUGAUUGCGAGGAGUGCGGGCGGUCCUUCAAAGUCAACACCCACCUCUUCCGACAUCAGAAACUUCACACUUCGGAAAAGCCUUUCGCCUGCAAGGCAUGUAGCAGGGAUUUCCUGGAUCGCCAGGAGCUUCUCAAGCACCAGCGCAUGCACACUGGCCACCUGCCCUUCGACUGCGACGACUGCGGCAAGUCCUUCCGAGGGGUCAACGGGCUGGCUGAGCACCAGCGCAUCCACAGUGGGGCCAAGCCAUACGGGUGUCCCCACUGUGGCAAGCUCUUCCGAAGGAGCUCGGAGCUCACCAAGCACCGGCGGAUCCACACGGGUGAGAAGCCCUACGCCUGCGGCCAGUGCGGCAAGGCCUUCCGCCAGAGCUCCAGCCUCCUGGAGCACGCACGCAUCCACAGUGGCGAGCGGCCCUACGCGUGUGGCGAGUGCGGCAAGGCCUUCCGCGGUCCCUCCGACCUCAUCAAGCACCGGCGCAUCCACAGCGGACUGAAACCCUAUGAGUGCGACAAGUGCGGCAAGGCCUUCCGCCGGAGCUCCGGCCUCAGUCGCCACCGGCGGAUCCACAGCGGGGCGCGGCGCUGUGAAUGCAGCCAGUGUGGCCGUGUCUUCAAGAGGCGCUCGGCGCUACAGAAGCAUCAGCCGACCCACCACGAGUAGAAAUGCCCUGCGGUCCCGCGGGACAGGGACGGAAUCCCCAGAGGGGAUGGCAGAGUCAAAGGAGAUGAACAGUUUUGUAGCGCUUAUAUAUUUUGUCUUCCAAAAGGUUGAGACCGAUUUAUACUGCCACCAGCAAUUUAUAAGUGUUACGUUAUGCCCAUCGAGAGUAGCUUGUACCAUUUAACUUAGUUUGCCUAGUUUAACUGGUAGGAAGUACCAUCGAGGUACACAUGCCUUGAAUCCAAAAAUGAGAGAGGACAAAUCUGGAUGUGGGGUAGGGAGGGGCUUAGAGGUCAUCAAGUCCAAGCUCCCCCCGCCCCAGAAAAAUACACAGAGCUAUUCCACGGUGGCGUCCUUAUAAUACGAUCCCAACUUUCCUGAAGAGAACGUUGCCCUCAUGAUUUUUGGCCUACUUGAAUUUAUAAAUUUUUAGGGAUGUAAAUAGAACACUCAAAUGUCUUAAAAUAUUUAAUUUAUUAAUUUAGUUAUACAUACAUACUGUAAAUCACAUAUUAUAUAAAAUAAUAUAUUAAUUUAGAAAAUGCCCCAUUUUUGCCAUCCUCCCUUUCACGAAAUCAUUUUACUCUGACUCCUCACGGUCUUCACCGACAUGGGAGCCCUGUUUGAGUCAUCAGACAGUUUCAAGAUACACCCAGUCACUUCCAUCCGAACUCUGCACGGUAGCUCAGUGACAAUCCCUUCAUGAGGCUCUCAUUAGAAAUUUUCUCCCAAGCCACAAGACCAUAUUUGCAGAACAUAAGGACUAUUUCUCUUGUCAUUUUUUAAUCUGUCCUGUGACUCUACAAUAUAACCACUUAAGGUGGUACUUUUUCAAACAACCUUUAAACGUCUUUUCUUUUAAAGCACCCAAAAUGUUGUUGUGAGGCCAAACGCCUAGUAACAGUUACUGAAUCUGGGUUAAAUGUCUGUAUCUUUUUUUCUUAAACCAUUUCAAUUUCGUGUCCCCUAUACAUGUCCAAAACUAGCAUCGAUUGGGGUUGUUUUGAACUAAUGGGUCUUGUCCUCAAGCAGCACUAUUUUGUUCAAAACAAAAUAGUUGAGAGCAUGCCCCUAAGAAGAGAUACAUCUCAAGGACUCCAGUGCAGGGUGACGCCUCCUUUUGGAAACAAGAGCCUCUCCUGGUAUCAGGCCUAGAUGGUACUUCUCCAACCUUCCGUUUCUAGCUCUGUAAAAUGGGGGUGAUCACAGCACCUACCUCCGAAGGUUAUCACGAGGACUGCCAUCGUGCCUGCAGAGUGCCAGGACCACCAGCCUGGCACGGAGGUACACACUCAGUGAAGGCCAUCUGCUGUCAUUGUCAUUGUCAUAGUUAUUGCCAUUAUUCUGUGGCUUGUCAGUACCAGAACUGGGGAUAGACCCCAGGCCUCCUGACCACCAGUCUCAUCUUCUUUCUCUUAUGCAAUGACUUAAAUGCUGUUUCUGUUGCAUGCAAAUUGUUUGUUCAUCUCCUUUGACUAGUUAUCAAGUUACCUUCCGAUAUAUUGACUUUACGUGGCAGUUCUUUCUAUAUUGAUGGUGAUGUUCUCUUUUCCAGUUUUAUUGCUUUGCUCUUUGUGGCAGUUUUAUUACAUUUUUGUUGUGAAAGCUUUUAAUUUUUACAUAUCCAAGCAUUCAUUUUUUGUCCACUCUGUCAUAACUUUCAUUGCUUCUGUAGCUAGAUAUGAUGACAUUUUCUCCAGAAUUUUAAUUACAAACAAAAAGCUGCAACCCUUGCUUCUGUAGCUAGAUAUGAUGACAUUUUCUCCAGAAUUUUAAUUACAAACAAAAAGCUGCAACCCCUGCCCAUCGGAAGGUGAGUACACCAGGUGGGCAGGCUGGAUGGAAAUGGGCCAGAGAAGCAGGCUCUUUCCUCAUCCGAGAUGCAGACUCCGUGUCUAUCUGUGGGCACCACUUGACUAUCCAACCUGGCCACUGCAGCACACUGGAGAUGCUCCCAUCAUAGGUUAGCCAGAACUCUGUGACUGUUCAUCAAUAUAGACCCCGCCAGCAGCAGCAGGGCUUGGCCUCACCUAGAUCAAUGGGGUGGUCCAAACUUGAUCUGGGAGCAAGCAGCCCAGCCAUCCUUUGAGCUCCUGGGAGCUUUGGCAGUGCUCGGAGUGGAUUCAGUGACUGAACAGCAGAUUCACCCACGAGACAUCUCCUUGGACACAAGAAGACUCGCCUGGACCACAUCCUCCUUUCAGCCAGUGACUCUAGAACUAGAAAGAGAUUGGUUCAUAGGCUUCUGCUUUGGGCAGCUAGGGGAAAAUUCACCCAUGUGUUCUGGCAUCACUUCCUGCAGCCACACCUAAGCGAGGGCAACAGAGCAGAGGCUUGGAGAGGAACCCUGCCCCUCCGAUGGCUUGCGUGUUAUGUGGAUGGAAGCUGGCAGCACUGCCCUGGGCUAUGACUUGCAACAGUCAUGACCAGGAGGAGCACUAAAGCAAAGGUUUGGAGGGCAGUGGAACCCUUCUGACAGUCUGUGUGGCAUACAAGUAGAAGCUGGUCCUCCUGGGUCCGAGCUGCCAUUUCUAGCGGGCUCCCCCAAGAGGAACAGCAGCAAGGUCUGGCGAGGAACCUGCCCUUCCAGUGGUCCACAGAAGCCACAGAUAGAAGCCAGCCCCACCAGGGCUGUGGUGUGACUUCCCAGCAGCUGUGGCUGGGGACAGGGACACUAGGAGGGCCUGGCAAGAAAGUGUGCCCUUGUGGGCCCACCAAGGCUGAGGCAGAGCUUCCUAGCAGACACAACUUGGAAGGGCUUCUCAGGCUCCCAUCCUGGGAAGCAAGGUCCUACAAUGACCUCUGUGACCUUGGCCAGAAGGUCCUCUCAAAUGGACCCAGGCCACCACAGUGGCAUUAUACGACAUCUCCACCCUGACCCCUAGGCUGGAGAGGAGCCAAAAACACUUGUUACAUAGUGAUUCCUUUUGCCCUGUGGGCCUCAGUUCUUGGAGUAGUUGUGAAUCUGUGUCUGAAAUCACUACUUUCUUCUCGGAUCCGUUUUCUCUUUUCGAGUUGUUAGGAUGUGUUUUGUACAGCUGUCAUUUGAUAAAGAAGGUUGACCUCGACCAGGGCAAGUCUGGCACCUUUACCUAGAAGUACUCUGCCAUGUCUUGCCCGUUCGUUCAUCGUUUGUUGCGUUUCAUAAGGGAUCCCAUUGAAGUAGAUCCCUUUUAUGAAGGGAUCCCAUUGAAUGCAGCAUUAACUCAGAACGUAGCAUAAAGUUGUCACUGCUCCCAACUGGGACGUGGCAUCUUGGCAUCCCUUCCUGUCCUCCUUGACUCUUUCCCAUCUUCGGUUCAAUAAUUUUCUCUCAAACAAAUGCUCUUUUAGAGUUAACACUAAAGAUCUGGUCUUUGCUGUCAAGGUUGACGGAACAGCUGUUCGUAGUGUUUGCGGUAAAACCCGUGUUCUCUUUCAACGCAGUCUGUGGCUUUAACGUGUGUCAUUUAAUUUCGCCGAGUUCAUUUCUCGCCUCUGGUAACUUGGGGUGGAUUUCCUUGGGCUCUCUAGGUGUACUACUAUGUCAGAUGCAAAAUAUCACCCAGCUUCCUGUCACAUAUCCUUGUCUGUGCAUUCAUGCAUCUACCUCGUUCCAGUUUUCUUUCUACUCUCAUGUAUUCCUAUUGCGAGGGAAUGUGUUCUUUUCCUGAUCCUUUUGUAGUUCAUACACGUGACAAUUGGGUUUUCAUGCACAUGUGUGAGAUGUGCCUCCUUCAAACCUUGUUACUAUGUUGGCACAUUACCCGCCUGGCAUGGAAAAAGAAAAAAAAAAAAAAGAAAUAUGUUCUUUUCCUACCAUUUGAAAAAAGAAAUCCUCCAUUACUUUUAUUAGAGUUUUGAAUACUUGUGAAAAUUUUCAAAAGAAACUAAUUGUUUACCAUUUCUGCUGCUUAUUACAAUGAGCUGUGUCCGUUAGCUGUGUCACCCCACUCUUGCAUUUCCAGAAUAGUCCCCACCCGAUUGCAGCAGGCAUCUUUCUCCAGUGGUGUUGCAUUCCAUGUGCUUGAUUUUGUGCUAGAACUGGCACAGCGCCUGCCCUACCUGCAGCCCUGGGUUGUGGCCCUGUUGCAUACCAUGUGAUUUGCCACCCCCCUUCUAGGCCACAUUAAUUCAGCCAGACCUGAACACCUGACCCAAGGGCAGCAGGCAAUCUUCAGAGCAUAGAGCUGGCAGAACACGACGGACCAUGGACACCACCAGGCCUUCCAGAUCGGCAAUGCAAACAAGGAAACAGAACCUUCUAGGCAUCAGAAGGUGUGGGGGGCAGCACAGUACUCAGAGGAGUGAGGAGUGUGGCACCUGCUGGGAGGAAGGCCUGGCCAUGGUAUGUUCUUGGAUUUCUGGCAGCAGCCCUCAUUGGUCCACGUGUGUCCCCACUACAGACUCCUUGACUUGAGUCAGCUUGAGUGGGUCUCUACUGUUUUCUAUUGCAUUUUGCCACUUGACUGCUUUCCGGCCAAGUCGCACCUGACUGCGUGAACACCUGUUUAAAUGUGUGUUCUCUGUUCUCUAAGAUGGGUGAAAGUUGAUGCCUUCUAGUCUCAGUGAAUUUAACCUGUGAUUUUAUGUCUAGGUAUUGUUCCUUUACUGAACCCACCACGUGCAGGCCAUAAAAUGAGUGAAGUCACAGCUCACCCUGUUCUCUUAUUUUUGAAGUGUUUCACGAUUUCCAGCAUGUCCAUCAGAGGGGGGGAUUGCUAACUUCUCUUACUAAUGUGCUUGCAUUCUGUGGUUCUCAUUGCAUCACUUGGGUGUUUACUUUGCAAAGAAGAAACUGUCUCUUUAAACUUGGCCCUCAGUGUCAUUUGCGUAUCUCUGUAUUUUUCUGUUGGGUUGGCACUCUUUUCUCAUUCCCCCCAUCUCAUUACCUUGUCUGUUUUCUGGCACUCACUAUAAUCAGCCUUGCACUAGAGCUGUUUGUGGACUUGGCUUCACCCCCUCCUCCUCAGCCCUCCCCCACCCGUUUAAUUGUGAGCUCUUAGAAGACAGGGGUGGCCUUUCGUGUCUGAUCCCCUACCAAAUCUAGCACAGUGCCUUGCAUCAAGUAGAUUUCAAUAAAUAUAUGUUAAAUGGCA